AUGGCCGCUCUAGCCCUGCAGAGCAGCACUUCCGCCCUCUUUUACUGCUUCCUCUACUUUCACCCGGAAGUAGUUCGGAGGUAUGUAACCACAAUACUGGAGGAUGCAAAGAUUUACUCAAGUCAUGCUAAGAAGAACAAUAUUGAUGCAGAUGAUGUCAGACUGGCCAUUCAGUGUCGGACAGACCAAUCUUUUACCUCUCCACCUCCAAGAGAUUUUUUACUAGAUAUUGCAAGACAGAAGAACCAGACACCACUUCCCCUAAUAAAACCUUACGCAGGUCCCAGAUUGCCUCCGGACAGAUACUGUCUUACCGCACCAAACUAUCGGCUUAAAACAAUACAUAAAAAGAUCCCAUCUUCAGCAAGUAGAAUAACAGUGCCAAGACUUACUGUAGGAGCUGUAACAAGCAGGCCAAGCACCCCUACAUUAGGAACCCCUUCAGCACAAACUGUGUCUGUUUCCAAGGUUGGUGGGACACCGGUGUCUUUGGCAGGUCAGCGGUUUACAGUUCAGAUCCCGACUUCACAGGCAACAGUGAAAACAGCUACUCCAACAACACCAACAGUUCAGAAUGUGUUGAUCAACCCUUCCUUGAUUGGAUCAAAGAACAUUCUCAUAACUACAAACAUGGUGCCAUCACAGAAUGCAACAAGUGAAUCCAAUUCGUUAAAGCGGAAACAUGAAGAUGAUGAGGAUUAUGAUGUAAUAUAAACUCUAUUUGGCUCAGUUAGUAUGUACAUAGUAUUAGUAAUUUUUGACAUAUUUUGCGAACUGAAAUUAAAAGUUUUGAACUUUUCAUAAA